AGUCAGAAGUCAUCUCCGUCAAGUGCAGUUUGGUGUGUUUGUAUUCGCGUUUCCACAUCAGCGCAGCGGCUUUGAGCUGCAGAAUGGCUCGGGAUCUGUGUGUUAGCGAUGUACGCAGGGGUUCUGUGUAAUGCCUAGAGCAGGACUCUUCAGGGGAAGCACGUUUAUUUAUGUUGUGGGGAUUUGUGUCAGUGAGGCGGGCUAGCAGACUGCGCUAGCUCGAGACUUUGAGGAUGAUUCGCUGGAUCCGUCAGCAGCUGGGCUUUGACCCUCCACAUCAGAGUGACACACGCACAGUUUACAUUGCAAACAAGUUCCCGCAGCAUGGCCAUUAUAUUCCUCAGAGGUUUGCAGACAACAGGAUCAUUUCCUCCAAGUACACCAUAUGGAACUUCGUCCCCAAGAAUUUGUUUGAGCAGUUCAGAAGAAUAGCCAAUUUUUAUUUUCUCAUCAUUUUUUUAGUUCAGUUAAUGAUUGACACACCCACUUCCCCUAUAACAAGUGGACUUCCUCUGUUUUUUGUCAUCACGGUAACUGCCAUCAAACAGGGAUAUGAGGAUUGGCUGCGGCACAAAGCUGACAAUGAAGUGAAUGGAGCGCCAGUAUUUGUCGUGCGCAGUGGCAGCCUGGUCCAGACCCGAUCCAAGAAUAUCCGAGUAGGUGAUAUUGUGAGAGUAGCCAAAGAUGAGACGUUUCCUGCAGACCUGGUGCUUCUAUCAUCAGACCGUGCUGAAGGAACCUGCCACAUCACCACUGCCAGCCUGGAUGGAGAGACUAACCUGAAGACCCACUUUGCAGUGCCAGAAACGGCUGUGUCUCAGACGGUGUCACGGCUGGAGUCUCUGCAGGCGGUGGUGGAGUGCCAGCAGCCGGAGGCAGACUUAUACAGGUUUGUCGGGAGAAUGACCGUGACCCAACAAGGAGAGGAGAUAGUGAGGCCUUUAGGACCAGAGAACCUCCUGCUUCGAGGAGCAAGAUUAAAAAACACCAAAGAGAUUUUUGGUGUGGCAGUGUACACAGGCAUGGAAGCCAAGAUGGCUCUGAACUACAAGUGCAAAUCCCAAAAGCGCUCGGCAGUAGAGAAAUCCAUGAAUACAUUUCUCAUCAUCUACUUGGGCAUUCUGCUGUUUGAAGCUGUCCUCAGCACUAUUUUGAAGUAUGCCUGGCAGGCAGAGAACAAGUGGAAUGAGCCUUUUUACAAUGAAAAGACAGACCAAGAGAGAAACAGCAGCCAGAUUUUGAAGUUCAUUUCAGACUUCCUGGCUUUCCUGGUGUUGUACAACUUCAUCAUCCCCAUCUCACUGUACGUGACGGUCGAGCUGCAGAAGUUUCUGGGCUCUUUUUUCAUCGGCUGGGACUUGGAUCUGUAUCAUGAGGAGAGCGAUCAAAAGGCUCAAGUCAACACAUCAGACCUGAAUGAGGAGCUCGGCCAGGUGGAGUACGUUUUCACAGACAAAACGGGAACUCUCACCGAGAAUGAGAUGCAGUUCAGAGAAUGUUCCAUUAAUGGCAUCAAAUACCAGGAGAUCAACGGGAAGCUCGUCCCUGAAGGAAUGACAGAAGACACGCCAGACGGAUCUGUGCCUUGUCUGAACAGAGAACACGAGUUGUUCUUGAAAGCCGUCUCGCUGUGUCACACAGUGCAGAUCAGUUAUGAUCAAACAGAUGGACUGGGAGAUCCUUUCUCGCAUGCCAAUGGCUUCUCGUCGCAGAUGGAGUAUUAUGCCUCCUCUCCUGAUGAGAAAGCCCUCGUGGAAGCCACCAAGAGGAUGGGGGUCAUGUUCACAGGCAGCAAUGGAGAAAACAUGGAGAUAAAAACAUUUGGAAAAGCAGAGAAGUAUAAACUCCUUCACGUUCUUGAGUUUGAUGCAAACCGCAGAAGAAUGAGCGUGAUACUGCAGACUCCAUCAGGUGAAAAGGUGCUAUUCACAAAAGGAGCUGAAUCAGCCAUUCUCCCCUAUGCCAAGAGCGGAGAGAUUGAAAAAACCAGAGUACAUGUGGAUGAGUUUGCUCUGAAGGGUUUGAGGACGCUGGUGGUGGCCUGCAGACACUUUAGUGUGGAUGAGUAUAAGGAAGUGGACAGACGGCUCCAUGAAGCCAGAACGGCACUACAGCAGAGAGAGGAGCGGCUGGCUGACGUCUUCAACUUCAUCGAGAAAGACCUGGAGCUGCUGGGAGCCACUGGGGUGGAGGACAAGCUGCAGGAUAAGGUCCAAGAGACGAUUGAAGCUCUGCGAUUGGCUGGAAUCAAAGUGUGGGUGUUGACAGGUGACAAACAUGAGACAGCGGUCAGCGUGAGUCUCUCUUGUGGCCACUUUCACCGCACCAUGAACAUCCUGGAGCUUGUACAGCAGAAAUCGGACAAUGAGUGUGCCGAGCAGCUCCGCAGACUGGCCCGGAGGAUCAAAGACGAUCAUGUAAUUCAGCACGGGCUGGUGGUGGAUGGGGCCAGUUUGUCUCUGGCUCUGCGAGAACAUGAGAAGCUCUUCAUGGAGGUGUGUAAGAACUGCUCUGCUGUGCUCUGCUGCAGAAUGGCUCCGCUCCAGAAAGCGAAGGUGGUGAGACUGUUGAAGACGUCCCCAGAGAAGCCCAUUACAUUAGCCAUUGGGGAUGGAGCCAAUGAUGUCAGUAUGAUACAAGAGGCUCAUGUUGGCAUUGGUAUCAUGGGAAAAGAAGGAAGACAAGCUGUGAGAAACAGCGACUAUGCGGUCGCAAGGUUCAAAUUCCUCGCCAAAUUGCUGCUUGUACACGGCCAUUUCUACUACAUUAGAAUAGCAACCCUUGUGCAAUACUUUUUCUACAAGAAUGUGUGCUUUAUCACUCCCCAGUUUUUAUACCAGUUCUUCUGUUUGUUCUCACAACAAACGCUCUAUGACAGCGUGUAUUUGACGCUGUAUAAUAUCUGCUUCACUUCUCUGCCCAUACUGGUGUACAGUCUGUUUGAGCAGCUCGUUCACCCACAUGUGCUGCAGAGCAAACCAGCACUUUACAGAGACAUCAGUAAAAACUCCCUGCUGUCCUUCAAAACCUUUUUGUACUGGACGCUCCUGGGCUUCUGCCAUGCCUUCAUAUUCUUCUUUGGGUCUUACAUCCUGAUGGGAGAAGACACCACGCUGAUGGGAAACGGACAGAUUUUGCGAGCUAGCAGGCAACUGAUGUUCGGAAACUGGACGUUUGGCACUUUAGUUUUCACUGUGAUGGUUAUUACAGUAACGCUGAAGCUGGCCUUAGAGACACACUUUUGGACGUGGAUGAAUCACUUUGUCACAUGGGGGUCCAUCACCUUCUACUUCAUCUUCUCCUUAUUUUACGGUGGCAUCAUCUGGCCGUUUCUUCACACACAAGACAUGUACUUCGUCUUCGUCCAGCUGCUGUCAAGCGGCUCAGCCUGGUUUGCCAUCAUCAUUAUCAUCGUCACAUGUCUUUUUCCUGAUGUCAUCAAGAAAGUCUUUUACAGACACCUGCAGCCAACCAGCACGCAGAAAUCACAGAUGUACACCAACCGUGUGGCAAUAGGUGAUGACUUCAUCGCGCUGCAGCCUCUGUCCAGAGCCAAGAAUCAGCUGGGCAAGAUUAGUUUAUUGAGGCCUACCAGGGCAUCAGAUGCGUGGACUCCAUGUGCUGUUUCUCAGAGGGGCAAAACGCCUGCUCACGGCUGGGCCGGCUGGUGGAGCGAAUGAUGGGCCGCUGUGAUCCAGCUCGUGCCACCAGAUCGUGGAGCAACUCUGACACCUUCUUCUCCAACGACCGGAGCAUCCUGACACUCUCACCCAUGGAGGUCUCUCAUUGUUAAUGCUAUGAAGAAACCCCUCACACCAGCCCAAAGAGGAACCGCUUGUAGAGUCUGGAGAUGCUUACCCUCCCUCCAUCCCCCUUGUCCAGUCACCAACCAGACUUUAACACUUUAAAACCUCUGAUUUCAGAGUAAAUCAUGUCAAAUGCGAUGAUCAACAAGGGAUACACAGUGGUUCCUCAAAAAAACCAAAGGAUAUGUCUGAAUUGUGUGUUUCCGCUGCUAUGGAACUGUACGCAAAGGGCCACCAUCUUUCCUGAGGAAAACGAGUGAGUCUGUUUGAAGCCAUAAUACCCUCUUUUAAUUGCCUGAUUUUUCAAGGUGUUAAAUGUGAGCGCAGUGUAGCGAUAGCUCACAAACCUGUAGCCUCCUAGAAAAUACCCUAAGAUGCCUAACUGUACACCUAACCUCUUGGAUUGUACAGAUUAUCAUGAUGCAAGAAUGUUGCAGAGUUCUUGGUGGAAAACUGACAUAUCCUUGAACUCACUCACUUUAAACUCCAUCAACCAUGUGCCUGCAUAUUAGUUGUUUCCUCUGUCUUGCACACGCUACAUUGUCAUUUCUAACCAUUGUCAUCAAAUAAUUUAUCAUUGUUGUGGUGUUCUUUGUUCCUCUGCUUAUGCUGCUAACCACUUGUCAAAGCUGUUCGAUUUUGUUUUGUUUGUGUGUAAGGGUGUGUGUGUAUUUAAUCGCGCAAGAAGGCAUAGUUUGAUAAAAGGGAUGAUCUUCAUCCUACAUGGGUCGUGAAUUGUACGUAAAGGCCUAAACUUUGGGACAACCAUUUUAAACUUUACUAAAGUUGAUGAUAUCCAACUGCAUGCUAUACUUUGGCCUGCAGUGUUAUUGAAACCGAUUAACCAAAGUAAACUGGACAUAAUACGCCCGUUUUGUCAAGUUCAAAACUAGUCUGGUUUUUUUGCUGCAAGGACAGUAACAAUCCACCCUGGAUCUUAAAAUCUGGUACCGUGACCCAGGUGGAAGUCAGACUUUUAGAGAAUUUAUUGUAACUAUCAUUUCAGACAAGUAAUUGUGGGUUGCUUUAUUUUGGUACUUCUCUUUAGUUUUUGUUUGUGUUCUCAUGUCAGUGUACAAACCUUUUUUUGCGAUAUAUAAUAUAUUGUAUUUAAUUAUAUAGCAAUGAAGUUUGCCAUUUGUUACUCGGAGACUUUAGCAAUAAGACUCAAUUUAGACUGGGAAUACCUGAUCUUGCUGUGAUGUCAAUCAGCCAUUUUGCAGUUCCAUCUUUUUCUGUAAAAAUCUGUUCUUCUAAUUACACUCUCCUUAUGUUUAAAUGCUGAUGUAUAUGAAAGUUCUAUUUACAGAAUAAAUACAUUUUUAAAAA